UAAUAUUUGUGUUUAUGCAUUUUGUACUGUACAUAGAAUAGUCACAAAGUUCGUAUGCUUAUUAAUUAAAAGUUGUCUUUAUGCUCCUUCUGUAAAAGUGCCUAUAUUUUAAUAAAUCAAACUGCAUUUUGGAGUUUGAUGUAUUAAAAUGUAGGCACUUUUACAGGGAAAUUUCAUGGAUGGCCACAAAGCAAGGUCUUAUUGUAUUUUAUUCAAAGGAAAUACUACUAAUAAUAGAUUUUCCAAUUAUUUUUGGCAAAAUUUAUUUGUGUAUAUCUGUAGAUCUAUUUGCAAAACAUAAACAUCAAAGAUGAAUAAUGACAAAUCUGAACAAGCAAAAACCUGGUCAGUCACUGUUGGAGUUAUUGUUUUACUGGAAUGAAACUAAAGAUAAUUUACAGAAUGACAAUGACAAUACAUCACAGAAUUCACUUUAUCCAGAACACAUUCCAACUUCUAUCUUUCAAAAAAUGUUGCUCACUAUUGGUUCUGCAACAAUGGCAAUUGCAGAUCCUUAUCGAGAUGAUAUGGUUGCAGUCUUAGGAGAAACAACAGGUUAUUUAGCUUUAAAAAAUAUACAUAAAAAGAUGCUAAAAGAUCCAGAAGGACAAGCUAUUCUUAGGGAUAAGCCACGAAUUAAUAGCGAAACUAUUGAUUUAAGGUUUUUACAAAAACUUCCAGACGGAACUUUAGGUCACGCUUAUUUUUCCUUUCUUAACAAAAAUAAAGUUAGUCCAGAUACUCGACAACCAGUUCAUUUUGUUGACAAUGUAGAAUUGGCUUAUGUAAUGCAAAGAUAUAGAGAAGUUCAUGAUUUAAUUCAUGCUAUAUUAAACAUGCCUAUAAAUAUGAUGGGAGAAGUUGUCGUUAAGUGGAUUGAAGGCAUUCAAACUGGCUUACCUAUGUGUAUUGCAGGUGGAGUAUUUGGACCAAUAAGAUUUACUAAAAGCCAAAGACAAAAAUACCUGAUGACUUAUUUACCUUGGGCCUUAGAAUGUUCGUAUAAAGCAAAAUUCUUUAUGAAUGUAUAUUAUGAACAACGUUGGGAACAGCCAUUAGAAGAUUUAUAUAAAGAGUUAAACAUCUUAACUCCACCAACUUUUAAGUAAAAGUUUUGAGACUACAUAAUUAUAUAUCAUUAAAUGCAUUGUAAAAAGAAAAUCAAAUGUUUACAAUAAAAUAAUUAUAUUAAUACAUGACAUAUUUUUUAUAACAUUAAAAUCAGAAUUAGAAAUAAAUAUAUAGUAUUUAUAUGUAAAGAUAUACCUGAAAUUUUAACUUCGAAGAGUUGAAGGUCGUCCAACAAAGCAUUUGCGUAGUAGCUGUAUUGGUAAACCCAAGGUGCAUAUAGCUGAAUGAGGUAUAGCAACUACACUGCCAUCUACAUGAUUAUAUGCAUAACCUCAUAUUCUCUAUAAUACACUUCAUAAUACCUACACUAAAUAUAGUCAUCAAUGAUUGGAGGAUGGUGAUUGGUGGAAAGUUUGUACAUAACAACUUGCAUGGUAUGUGCUUCUGUUAUAUAUAUAUAUAUAUAUUCCACAGGUUCAAGAUUGAGUCCUCCUCUUUAUACUUGAUGGUUUUGAUUUUUGGGCCACCCUGUAGAUCUCUAUUAACUCCAGAUAUCUGAUAUGUGAUACAUGAUCUAUCCACUGUUCUAUGUAUAAUUUUGGCCCAAUUGAAAUGGACCUUCAUGUCAGGGUUCAAUCCCAAUUCAUACUGUCAAGUUCUCAUGAUCCCUAAUCUUUUAGGUUGGCAUUUAACUCCUUGAUCUGAAGAACAUACACACAUAAUAGAUUCAAGAUGAAGACAACAGGAAUUUAACAACAUUGUAAAACAGGCAGUCAGUCAUGGUUACAAUAAAAAAAUCAUCAAAGGGCUCAUCAAGCAUUAUGCAUAACAUGAUGCUUGAUGAGUCCUUUCUAGCUCCCAACCUGCUCCAGAUAUAUAUAAGGUGGUAACAUAUAAUGCAUGAUUAACUUCUAUACACAGAGAAACAGCCUGCAACUACAACACCAAUAUGGCCCUCAAAAGGAGCCCAUCCAUAUUUAAUCUAAUUAAAAAUACCAAAGAUCUGACAACUUGGCAAUAUUCACCAGUGAUAUAUUCCAUCCCUUGUAUAGACAAGAAAUCCAAUGAAAAAUUAGAAUACAUAGGAGCCACGUCAGCACAUUACCACCUGUCUAAAGGAAAAGCUGACAUAUCAAAAGGCCUUGUAGACAUAUGCCAGGGACUCAGGCAGAACCUGUAGAGGAGGACUCAAUCCUGAACCUGUGGUGUGUAUGUAUAUAUAUAUAUAUAUUCCACAUACCACACAAGUUGCUAUGUACAAACAUUCCACCAAUCACCAUCCUCCAAUCAUCAAUGAUUAUGUAAAGUUUAUGAUUCAUUCCAAAAAUGUGCAAUUCGAAUUUUAGAACACCAGCCUGAGAACGUCCUUUUAAAAACAGACAAAAACAUUUGUUUCUCAAAUGAGUACAAAGUGAGUAGUUCUUUUAUGCAGGUUCAUUGGUUUUGUGUAAUCUUGGAUUAAUUUACCAUAAUGCACAUUCUGUUUUUUU